CAAUGCGGUACUGUAUUUGUAGGUAUUGACUCUUGAGGAAUCAGUGUCUCAGUGUGACUGUGACACACUCAUCCACAUACUUUCAUUUGAGCCACUCUUCUUCUCAGUCCUAACACACACUUUCUCAUCCGAAGAUGCGGAGUAUCAUUGUCCUCCUCCUUAUUCUGGGCUUGUUUAAAUAUGCAUUGGCUAAAGAAGGGUUUUGCUCUGCUCCUUCAGUGCUCAGCACUGAAUCGAAGUCAAAGCCUCUUUAUUGGAAAGUCGACAAUCCCACUCUCUCUCCUGUUCACCUUCAAGAUUUGCCUGGAUUCACACGUAGUGUUUAUAAGAGCGAUCAUGCUUUGAUAACACCAGAAAGUCAUGUAUAUAGCCCAUUGCCCGAUUGGAUCAACACAUCAGGGGCAUAUUUAAUUUCACCACAUAUGGGUUCACACUUUGUAAUGUACCUAGCUAAGUUGAAAGAAAAUUCAAGAUCAGGACUACCCCUGCAUGAUGUGGAGAGAUUGAUUUUUGUGCUCCAAGGUGCUAUCACCCUCACUAAUUCUGCUGGUGUUAGCCAACUACUGAAGGUGGAUUCGUAUGCUUAUUUUCCUCCAAAUUUUGAACAUUCAAUUGAAUGUGAUGCUUUUGCAACUAUUGUGGUAUUUGAACGAAGAUAUACCCAGCUGCCAAAUCAUGUCCCAGAGCCAGUGGUUAAUUCAACUGAUAAGCAACCACUCCUUGAAACUCCAGGCGAGAUUUUUGAACUGCGAAAGCUACUUCCAACAUCUUUGGCAUAUGACUUCAAUAUCCAUAUAAUGGAUUUUCAACCUGGAGAAUUUCUUAAUGUAAAGGAGGUCCAUUAUAACCAGCACGGUUUGCUGCUAUUGGAAGGGCAAGGCAUUUAUCGUUUAGGUGAUAGUUGGUACCCAGUUCAGGCGGGUGAUGUCAUUUGGAUGGCACCAUUCGUCCCACAAUGGUAUGCUGCCCUAGGUAAAACAAGAUCACGAUAUCUUUUGUACAAAGAUGUGAACAGAAGCCCAUUGUAAUUGUAAUGUUGAUGGACGUUAGAUGAAUGAUAUGAAGGAUACUGACCUCCUUAUUUAAUGAUUUAAAUAAAAUGCUAAGUACAUUAACUGUCUACAUCUAUAACAUCUAUAAUCUAUAUCAAUAUAUAAUUGCACUUUCCUUUUGUGUACACAUUUUUAA